GCCGUCAAUAUGGAGGUAAUCGUUGUGGACCAUAUUGGAUUUCUCGAGCUCUAUCAAGAUCUGAGAAAUGAGCCACAACCAAGCGGUGGAAUCGGCGGGAAUUGUCAGCACGACAUCACAAAGGAAGACCUCUGCAAGGUUCUCGCGAAUCGCACAGCCCCCAUGUUGCGGCGGAGCGAUGUAUUCCCGUUGAAAGGAUUCGCCAACACAUAUAGUCAGGAGGUGCAGGACGCUAAGAGCUGAGACGAUACGUGCCCGAAGAUCGCUCUCUACACCACUGCCGCAGACAAUUCACUAACCAUGCAGAUCUCCAUCCAACCCGACCCAGACAAUGCGUGUCAACAUGCGGCACAGCUCAUCGUUCAGGCCAUCAAGAAGCACCUCGCCACCGAUCAGCGUCCGUUCGUGCUAGGAUUGCCUACAGGCGGUUCGCCUCUGGGUGUCUAUGAACAGUUGGUUAGACUCUACAAGGCCGGCGAGAUCAGCUUCAAGAACGUCGUGACAUUCAACAUGGACGAAUACCUGGGACUGAAGCCGACGCAUCCUCAAAGCUAUCAUCAUUAUAUGCACGAGAAUUUCUUCAAUCGUGUCGACAUUCCGGCAGACAACAUCAACCUCUUCAAAGGCGAUACUGAGACCCCAGACGAAGACUGCCAAGCGUACGAAGCUAAGAUGCUCUCAUACGGAGGUGUCGACCUGUUCCUCGGUGGGAUGGGUGAGAACGGUCAUAUCGCCUUCAACGAGAGCGGGACGGGCUUCGGGAGUCGGACUCGGGUGGUCGAUUUGGCUGAAGCUACUCGGCAGGUCAAUGCGAGGUUCUUCCAAAAUAGCGACGAGGUACCCAAACAAGCUUUGAGUAUCGGGACUGCCACGCUUCUCGCUGCCAAACGAAUCAUCCUCAUCGUCACGGGCUUCAAGAAGGCUUCAGCUAUGAAGUCCACCAUCGAAGGAGGUUUGAACCAUCUCUGUCCGGCUUCCGCUCUUCAGCUUCAUGCGGAUGCUACGAUCGUUUGCGACAAGGCUGCUGUAGCUGAACUGGAACCGUUGACCGUGGCGCUGUUCAACCGGGGCUGAAAUUCGAGAUGGGAAGACCGCUGUGAUCUUGUGUAGUUGUCGGGGAAUGUGCUCGUACUACAUGACAAGGGACAUACUGCAAAUGCGUAAUGGAGAUUCGUGUAUGAGGUGAAAGCUUUCGUCUCAGUUUCGUUGGUGUGUCGUGCUCUUUUGGCUUUUUUUGAACGAGGUCACAGUCUAGUCUCUGCGUGGGCUUGUCG